AUGCCCCCACAAGAAUCGCCCAUGCCCCCACAAGAAUCGCCCAUGCCCCCAAAAGAAUCACCACCUCAACCUUCACCUUCUUCUGAACAAACCAUUCAUACUGACGAUGAGCAAUCUGUGGUUACAAAACCCGUUAUCAUUAUCGUGGAUGACCAACAUCAAUCAGAAAAAUGCGAAGAAACUGAACAAUCUCAGGAAAUAUGUGAGGAUGUCGUGCAACCUUCGGAAAAAUGUGAAGAAGAAAGUGAACAGCCUCCAGAAGAAUGUGAAGUUGAACAACCUCAGGAAACAUGUGAAGAAGAAAGUGAACAGCCUCCAGAAAAAUGUGAAGUUGAACAACCUCAGGAAACAUGUGAAGAAGUAAGUGAACAGCGUCCAGAAGAAUGUGAAGUUGAACAACCUCCGGAAACAUGUGAAGAAGAAAGUGAACAGCGUCCAGAAGAAUGUGAAGUUGAACAACCUCCGGAAACAUGUGAAGAAGAAAGUGAACAGCCUUCAGAAGAAUGUGAAGUUGAACAACCUCCGGAAACAUGUGAAGAAAGUGAACAAAACCCAGAACCAUGUGAAGAAAGCGAACGACCUCCGGAACCAUAUGAAGAAAAAAAUGAACAACCUCCAAAGAAAUUAGAAGAAGCUAAGCAACUUCCAGAAGAAUGUGAAGAAAUUGAGCAACCUCAGGAUACUGAACAGUAUAUGGAAAAAUACGAACAUAUGCAACCUCCAAAAGCUGAAAAAAAAGAAGAACCAUUUCAAGAAGAAGCACACGAUACAACUCUAAAGGAAGUACGACCAACAUCAGCUCCAAGUGAAACCCUACCAUCAACAACUUGCCCUACUGAAAUUCAAACCGAAGUACCUAUACAAACCCAAAGCGAAGCGCCACCGUCAACAACUUAUCCUACUGAAAUUCAAACCGAAGCAUAUCCACCACAAACUCCGAACGAGGCUCCACUAUCAACAAUUUGCCCUACUGAAAUUCAAACAGAAAUGCAACCGUCACCAACCUCGAACGAAGCGCCACCGUCAACAGCUUACCCUACAGAAAUUCAAACAGAAAUACAACCAGCCCCGAGCGAA